AUGUCACCACAUUGGAAUGAACAUGAAGUGUUGAACGUGAAUUGCGGAGGUAAACGUUUCAACGUAUGCAGAGAUAUUCUCACGGCAGCAUCGGAAAGCAAACUUGCAAAAUGGUUUAAAAUUGGUACAAAAAUACAAUUACCUAUUGACAGUCGAGGCUACUACUUUCUAAAUCGGGACGGAAAAGCAUUUCGCGAGAUUCUAAGCUAUCUUCGUCAUAAAAAGCAGAAGUCAUUGCAAUAUUUUGCAUUACCUUCGGAACCCUCUCAUUUAUUUCUGUUAAUUGCCGAAUGUGAUGCGUUAAUACUGAGAGAACUGAAGCAUAUGGUGCUUGAAUUGCUGUACAGUUACCACAUCACACCUGAUAAGCAAUUUCAAUUAUGCUAUGCAAUGAAACUAACAAUAGUUGAUACCGAGAAUGACGUCAACAAAAAAAUUAUGAACAACGACAACAGUGAAGGAGAGAAUCAGAUGAGUCAUUCCAUCGAGGAGUGCCCGGACUCUGAAAGUGCAACAAACAUCGGCGGUAACGAAGAUCAUGAUCGAGACUGGCCGCUCUGA